CUCCUCCUCUUGCUUGCAUGGGACGGGGAGGGUAGAACUUAAGUAGUCAGCUCUCUGCCAUUGUUCUCGUUCUGUAAGUCUGGGAACGGGACGGGACGACGCUGGUCGGGUACCGGACGACGGGUCUGUCGUAAUGACGGGCUCCGGUCCGAAGCUCGGGGUCCUGCUGCUGUUGGCGGUUCUGCUGCAGACUGUGGUAGUCACCAUCACCGUGCUGCACUUCACAACUGCGCUCAAUUCGAUGACGGAGACGUUUGCCAGGAGCAGUGUUUCCUGCCUGACGGGUGCUGACCUACAGAGCAUCACAGCUGUACGUGGUGAUCCAUGCUGGCAGGUCACUCAGCAGCUUCACCUACUCAUUGAGAAGUCUCUCUCUCAGCUUUACCAGAAGCAGAUUUCAUCAGCAGUCAGAGAUGAAGUAUCUCGAGUGCUGCCCUCACUUGUGAUGGCAGACAGGGCUUCGCCUCGCCCUAAAGUUGCAGCCCAUGUCACUGGCAGCUUUGUGCCCAAACUGGAGCGAGAGGGAGGAGCUCCAGUCUCUGCUGGGCGCCGCGUUCAGGGGCAGAAGAUUUCUUCGUGGGAGGGGCAGAAGGGGCUGGCCUUCCUGCAGGACGUCCAGCUGGUGGACGGAGAGCUGGUGGUGCCGCAGCCCGGCCUCUACUACGUGUACGCCCAGACCUACUUCAGGCACACCCACUCCCUGGGGAAGGAGGGUGAGGAGAGCGAGGAGCCAGAGGACAGAGGGAGACCGCUGCUGCAGUACGUCUAUAAAAAGGUGAGCUCCUACCCUGUUCCGAUCCUGCUGAUGAAGACAAGCCGGACGUCCUGCUGGUCUAGGGGAUCCCAGUUUUCUCUGCACUCUGCCCACCAGGGGGGGCUGUUCCCACUCAGCAGCGGCGACCGCCUGUUUGUCACUGUGACUAACGCCUCUGCUGUGGACAUGGACGAGAAAAGCAGCUUCUUUGGUGCGUUUCUCAUCAGCUAGACAAGCAGAUGCAGGACUUCGGAUCCCAAAAAAGAAGCUAAGAAGACAAAAUAGACCAAGAAAACAUAGACCCCAACUGUUCAUGACCUUACAAAAAAAAAAAAAAAAUCCUGUAAGUCAUUCUAAUGAGAUCCUUUGUCAAAAUAGUGAGCUGGUAUCUUAAAAAUUUUGAUAUAUGUGGUACCUCAAAAUAAAAUAAUUCUAAAUAUAAGUCACUAUUUUGAGAAGGUUCCUUUCUUGUUCUUAUGAGUUACAGGAUUUUAUUGAAUCACGUUGGAGGGUUUUUAAAAAAUUACAUUUUUGUGAUUGUCUGCUUUAACUCAGAGACUAAAAAACUGCUAGCUCUGUGAUAAUCUAGUGAUUAUCUACUGUACUUUAUUUCAAAAUUGUAACUCAACUCACAAAAUGACCUUGAAACAGCCCACAGAUCUCCACAAAGGGGGGUUGUGUGGACAUCAUAAGCUCAGAGCUGAGCUGUGCCACCUAGGAAAGUAAAGUUGUAGCAGUUUAGACCUUUGCAGACUUUACACCUCCAUCUUAUUAAUAUUAUAGCAAAUGUGGGUGACUCAUUCCUCACUGAAAAAUUGGAGGCUGCCUCUAAGAAUUUUUUGUAUAAAACUCUGAUCAGGCUGAACAUUAGUACCGUAAUAAUCUGAUUGCGCCUCCGUAAAUGUUAGGCGAGUCUCUGGAUGAGUUUUGUGUAAAGAUGUAAAUAUUGCGCUAUAUUGUGUGUUUUUAUAUUUCUCUAGAACUCUCUGUGAAGUCUCCUCUCUUCAUUUUUACUUAGUGACGUCCAACAUAAGAACUUUUGUUACCAUUACAGACCCUUUCUUCUUACUCAAGGUGUAAUUUUGUCACUUUUUCCUCAAUGACUUUUACAGUCAAUUUUAAAAACACCUUUUCUUACUAAUAGGACUCUGCACUGUGCUUGUGUUGGCUGCAGGACCACAGUCUCUCUUUUUACUGUCAGUCUUUCAGCAUGUUGGCUCAUCCAUCAUAACGAUUCUCCAAAUGGCGCAUUAAAUGCUCCCUAACGGUUGGUAUUCUUGGGCAUUCAUGUCAUGUUGGAUUAACUGCAGAUGUGACAUGACUUUGGAAAGCAAUCACUCAUCAGCAUCCAAACAGCAGAAAUGUGGGAUUGUUUCUCUGGAGCUCAUCUGUCUUCCAUGUGACUGUUGCAAACAGUGCAGCAAAUCCACUGAUACUCAAGAAUACAUAAACCAGAAUGAUCAGUUAUAUUAGACUGAAGGAAAGCCAGAUGAAUAUAACAGACAUGGUCUACUUACUACAUUUCUCACGGAACUCAGAACUACAUCAUGUGGUCUUCAUCAGCUGAUGAAGAUAAUAUCCAUUAUACAGCUGCCUGUAAUUAGUGACCAUACUUAUGUCAAAUGAUGACAAAUGAAUGGCUGCUGAAGGCCAUAAGAUGUGGAAAUAGCAGCUUGACUGAGAUCUCUACUGUAGCUGUUAGUCAAACUUCAAGUGCAGUUAAAUUGACUGAUUUUUCAAGUUUUAACAAUCAAACAUUUUUUUUCUCAUUUGACAUGAAUGCAGCUUUCACUUUAGCACUUUUCCUUUUUCUCCGCCUUAAUUUCUUGUUUUUCCCCAAAUGUAUAGACUUUCUUUAAAAAGAUUUAGUGUUGGUGUCCACAAAGAUCACUGAGGGAAACGUGUACUCCAGGAACAAACAUGAUGUAAAAUCAAUAGUGGUGGCGUAAAGGCCUUAGUUGUGUCCCUUACUAUGGAUGAGAUGACACUGAUGUAAAUGCAGCCAGUACCUUAUGAUCUUCAUACGGAUAUAACUGGAAACAUCCACCUGCAGUCAGUCUUCUCUGUCACCUGGAAAAAGUGCACACCUGUACACAAAUCAGGUUGUUGACAUUUAAACACAAUUUGAAUUGUUUGCCAGAUUGACCAAAACUAAAUGUGAAUGUAAAUAGUGAGAGAUUUUGUCUGUAAAUAUGUGAAAUAAAGACAGUGUACAUGAAA